AUGACCAACAUAAGCAUGUCACCAUUCACAAAUGAGACCGAGUGGAAAAAUCCACCUCGCGGGUUCACUAUGCCUCACUUCACUCCGUACAAAGGAGACGAAGAUCCGGAUCGACAUCUCAAGCACUACCGUAGUACCAUGAUCCUCUACAGGAGCAAUAACGAGUAUUCGUUUAACCGCUCAAUCAAAAGGACAUCAGACCAUUUCUUCAGCAUCGUAAAAGACCUUAGGGAGACAAUUCGUGACUAUGUCAAGAGAUUCAAAGCUGAGAAAGCCAAGAUUGUUAGCUGCAAUGAAGACAUAGCAACAACAGCAUUCAGAAAUGGGUUUCCUACCGAACAUCCUUUAUUCGGAAAACUAAUCAUAGGAGAAGAACUAACCCUAGCAACUUCGUAUGCUUUGGCAGAAAAGCAUGCAUUAUGGGAUGAAGCUAAGCAGUUUAACAAAAACGAGUCAGAAAAGAAGCACAUGGAAUGUUCCUCGACCAAAGAAGACUCAGGGCUUGAAACAUUCACCAAGUUCACAAUUCCAAUUGGCCAAAUUCUCCGCAAGUUUAAGAACGAACCUUGGUUCGAACUGCCACCACCCAUGAAAGGCGAUCUUACCAGGCUGGAUCAUACAAAGUAUUGCACAUUCCAUCAAAGACCAGGCCACAAUACCAACGACUGCCUAAAAUGGAAGCAGUACCUUGAGAAGCUGACAAAUGAGGGUCGAUACGAUGAGUAUCUUAACAGGUCAACGAAAUAG